AUGUUAAAUAAAAUAAAAGACAAACCACUUUCUUAAUUAAUAGCAGAAUUGUAACAAAAGUAUUAAGAGGAUAAUGACUAAUCAAAUAUAUUUCAACAUAUUUAUUAGAAAUAAUUAGAGCAAGAAAGUUCAACCGAUUCAUCUCAUUUAUUGCCUGCAUUGCUUUCAGGAACCACAGGUUUUUAAUCAUCAAACUCUUAAGAUGAGAAUUAAAAUUAAGUACUUUAAAAAGUUCAAAAGAAUAUAAAAAAAGAAAAGAAAAAUAAAAAAACAGGAAAGAAGUCUUAAGAAGAAAAAUAAGAAUUUUCUUAAAUUACAGAUAAAAAAGAAAUUUAAAUGAUUAGAAAUAGAAUAUCAGCAUAGAAUUCUAGAGAUAGAAAGAAGGCUUAUUUAUAAAAACUUGAAGAAGACUUUGUUAAUUAAUCAGGUCAAUUAUCAUAAAUGUAAGAAUAAGUCAGUCAAUUAUAGCAAUAAUUAGAAGAAGUUUAAAAAAUAAAUUUGUAGUUGUAAUAAUAAUAUUAAUUUCUAACUUGUUUAAAUUGUGGUAGUAAGCAUUUAGGUUAUGAUGAUGAAAAUCCAAUUUCUAUAUCAAAGAAUAAAAGUAUUGGUAAAUUAGGGCUUUCAUUUUUAUUUAUAGUAGCUAUUAUAGGAUGUAUUUCAAUAGAUUUAAGUCUUGGAUCUUAAUAAUUAAAUACUAUUUAAUCAGAUAAAUUUAAUGAACACUAAAUCAGAAGUUUAAAUGUGAGCGAUGAUGAAUAUGGAUUAUUUGAUCAUUUUUCAAAAAAUAGAAUAAGGGGUAUGACUGAAAUUAUGGGAUACAAUUCAGAAUAUAAUUAUAAAUUUUUUGAUACUACAUAUAGAGCAAUUUUACAUAGUGAAGAAAGUAUUGUUAAUGGUUUGAUUAAUUUUAAUAAAGAGAGAGUUAAGAAUAAUAAUGGAAAAGCACUUGCUCCUCUUAAUUAUCAUUAACCAAGCGUUGAUUCUCUCUUUUGUCCUUCCAUUUAUAAAUAUGAAAACUAAACUUAAGGGUAACAUAUAUCCUAUUUAAUAGAAUUCGAAUGCAUUAUUAAGACAAUUAAUGGUUACAUUUAAUUAUUCCAAAGAAUAAAGUGAAUAUAUUUUAUUAAACAACUGAUAACUCUAUUGUUUUAAAAGAAAGCUUUACUGAUUCCAAAACAGAGAGUAAAACUAUAUAUUAAGAGAUUUGGUGUCAAAUAAAGAGUGUAAAUGAUUUCUAUGUUUGA